AUGCGAUCAGCAAACGAGACGAGGACACCGGUUAGUCAAGUGCCAGACGAUGACAGUGACAGAAUGACCGAACAGUCUGUGAUUGCUGUGGUAGGGCCAGCAAGUUCGGACUCUGCCAUUUCGACGGCACAUAUUUUCAGCGCUGUCGGACUUGCACAGAUCAGUUAUUCGGCUACGAGCAGAAUUCUCAGUGACAGAUCCGAAUACACAUCGUUCUUCAGGACAAUUCCAAGUGACACUUACCAAGUGAAAGCGAUGGUGGAUAUCAUGGAGUAUUUCAACUGGACCUACAUUUCCCUGUUUGGUAGCGACAACAGUUACGGACAACUCGGCAUGUCCUCACUCGAAUACGAAGCCAGCAAAAGGAAUAUUGAUAUUGCUCUUAAAAAGACGUUUUCCUACAAAGAUAUCCGGCAAAUCGUGACCCAUUUGACUGGUUAUAUCAAAAACAAUCCCAUAGUGAACAGGAGUAACGUGCUAGUAAUAUUCGCUGAAAGUCACCAUGCCUAUGCGCUGAUCAAGGUAAGCAUCGUUUGUGUUGGUUAA